AUAAACUUGAAAUAGAUAUUGAGACACGCAAGCAUGGGAAAGUGAGCUGCCCUGCUGUUUGAGUGGUUGUCUUUCGGCUUCUAAGUUGGGCAUCAGGCAGAGAGAAGGAAAGGCAGGAAGUGUUUGUGUCAUGUGUUUGUGAAGUUAUUUUGAAGUGGAAGGAACUAAUGGGAGCCCGGAGCAACAGAUUUUGAGUGGAAAUUGAUGAAAAAAAAGGUAUCACAAUAACUAGAAAUCCAUUGUUUUUAUAGAUGCAAGAGUGAAAAUCGAAAUAUAUAUAAAAUAAAAGAGACAUUGAUAAAACUAGGAAUCACAAAUUGAAAGAGUGAGAAGUCUUGCAGUGUCACAAUGGCAAAGAAUCAGGUAAAUAAGAGUGCAAGUAAACAAUUGGGGAAUAAGAAAACAAAUAUGAAAAACAAGAAAAAGAAGAAGCGUGGGCAGAUUAAUAAGAACCAGAUCGUGAAGGUUCAAGGCAAAAAACAAGCAAUAGUUAAUGUCAAAAAGAAUGAUGAAAAAAAUGGUAUUACAAAGGUGAGCAGUUUAAAGAAGGCUGAGGAAAAGGAAACAAAGAAACAGUCAGACAUAGAGAGUAAAGAGAAUAUGGAUCAAAAUACUCAGAAGUCUAGAAAACCAAAGAAACGGAAACACAGAAACACCAUCAAGUACGACCCACAGAAGAUGGAACUCACCCCACUGCUGAACCAAAAGACUGAAGGCAGGACGAGCCACAGGGACGAACGAACUCUUUAUGUCCGCUUCCCUCCGUCAUUGGCUCUGCGGGACAAGUCUUUCCUGGAGCCCCUGGUGCCUAGUGCUGUGGACAUCCGCCUCCCUCGCCUCUCUGCCACCGGCACUGCCAAAUUUUGUUACAUGGAGUUUGAAACCGAAGAGGAAGCCACCAGGAUAAAGGAAAGUAUGUCAAAUAUCAAGGUUGAGGGUGAAGCUUUUUAUGCAGAUUAUGUUGGCAAAAAAUCCAAAACAUAUCCAGUGAAGGAGCCCAAAGUAGUGGACCCAUUGCGGUUGUAUGUUGGAGGGCUGCCGGUAGGGAUGCAUGUAAAACACCUCAGGGCCGCCUUCCCCACAGCAACUCAAGUAUUGUACAAGAAAGCCAGUCGCAAAGUUACUUCAAGCCAUGCGUAUCUCAUUUUUGCCUCACAUGAAGAUGCCCUAAGAGCAUUUGAGUCUUCCAGUGAUUUGAAGAUUCUUGCAAAGAAAGUUAUUGUCAUGUUUGCCACCUACAAGAACAUUACUGAGAAAAAUGAAGAGCAGUUCACCACUAGAGCCAAAAAACAAAAGACAGAUGUGGAAAUGGAAGAAGGAAGUGAGUGAAGUGAGUCAAAAGUGCCAGAUUGGAGAUGAGAAGCAUGGUGGCUGACAAAAUGAAAUGGAUGCAGAAUCUUGGAAAAAAGCAGUGGAAUGAGACAUCUACUGAUUAAGCAGGUAGUCAAGUGUUCCACUGACUAUUAUCAAAAUAUCUGACUGUGGUUAUCAUUCUCUUAUCACAACUUUGUAUAACGCCACACUAUUUUUUGAAAGAUGUAGAAACAGGCUACACCAUCUUAAUCAACUGAUAGCAGGACUGGUAAGAUUUUCAGACUGCUGCAAGGCUCAGGAAAAGGCUUCAGUACAGUUUUGCAGAAUGACUUACACUUGUGUGAAUAACCAGAACCACCACACUAUAUUUCAUUGAGAAUCUCACACUUAGAUGACCAUGAGUGCCUUCACCAUUUUUGGUGUCCAACACACCAGUAGAUUUUGCAGUAAAGAUUGUCAAUACUAAGUGCCAAAGUGCUUUUUUGGUGUCUUAAUUCAUCACAUUUCAGUCAUCCAUUGUAGCCUCAUGAUGCAUGCUCCAAAAUUAUGAUGUAAUAAAUUCUAUCAAUGUCAUAUUAAAUGCAUUUUAAAUAUCAUAUUAAAUGCAUUUUAAAUACUAUUUUUUUUACCAACCUCUUAAACUACCUUGUUCAUAAGCAUCACCCUUACCUAGUAAUAAGAGAAAAUCAAUAAGGCUUAUUAUGCCUCUAGCAAUAGUGAACAAGUUGUAGUGGUGGUUUUCAGCAGUCCUCCACCCACACUGGUACGAGGGCUUGUGAUGGUUCAUAAUAAGAGUGUUUGCUAGAAUGGUCUCUUCCACCUACCCCUUUGUGUGACACAUUUUCCAGUCUGACAUACAUCUACAUACUAUCAAGUCAUUAACAAAAGACUGUAUAAAGGAUAAGAGAAAAGGCAAUUUAGGGACUGGAUAAGUUUUAAAUGCUUAAUCCCAAACAUUCACAUCCAAGGUCAAUGGAAGAUAUGCAAGCAAUAAGACUCCAAGUAGUACAAAAAUGCAAUUCCAAAUACACAGCGAUUGGCAGACUUCUACUAUAUCCGAAGUAAAACAUCUCCCAUCACCUCAGUCGACAUGACAUCUUGACAGCAUCAUAUUGCACAUCCAAACCUUUGUUAAAAAUUAUUAGUAUUAACUGAAUACUAAAACUAAACUUGUUUGUAUCAGACAAAA